UUUAAGAACCGCUGCGAAGGCGAUAAACAUUCGAGCUUUUUGAUGGAGCGGUAAUCGGUGGGGAUCGGCUUGUCAUUUCGAAAAUGAAAAAUGAAAUUUUACAACAACAAGACACUCGCAAGUUAAUUGUCUACAUUGGGAAAGCAGCAGGAAAGCACAAGUACUCUUUGAUUGACGAAGAGGACAUCCCAAUGGUGAAAAGAUUUAGGUUUGAGGCCAAGCUAGAUUAUGAUAAGAAUGGCAAUGGAGCGAAAGUCUAUGCCAUUGCUUAUGAUCGACUGAAAGAAAAACAUCAUGGCUGUUAUGUGCACAACUACGUAUGGCAGAAGAGAUGUGGAAAUAUUGCACCAGGAUUUAGAAUUAAUCACAAAAAUGGAGUCACUGUUGAUAACCGACUGCAGAAUCUAGAGUUAAUUCCAGCAGCAUCUUUGCCGUGUUCUUCAAAGGAAAAUGAUGUUGCUAUCAGCAGUAUUCAAGAGAGUCACAACUGGUCGCUUGAAGACACAUUAUAUUGGAAAGCAAUUUCACAAAUCCCAGCGAUUAAUUUGGAAGAUGUUCUACUUCACCAACCUUCCUCUAUUAUUAACUCGGAUGGAGAGAUUUUGGGCUCCGAAGGCGAACCAUCUUUUUUCUACGAAUGUCAUUACACGCCGUGCUGCAGAAUAGAAAGAGAGUUGAACGAUUUUCGCAUUUGUGGAAGGUGCAAACAGGUUAGAUACUGUGGGCCAUCCUGCCAAGAGAAAGAUUGGCCUACACAUAAGCCGGUUUGUGUAUCAAAGAGAAAAUACGAAAAAGAUCAUCUUGAGAAGCAACCUGAACGAUGAGUUCGAAGGUAUCCCCAAUUUGGCAUUUCCAAGCAGUCGCUUCAUGCUUUCAGUCCCUUAGCUUCUUCUAUCUAAAACUGUUUUAAAUUCAAAUACAGGAAUGCGAACUGAAUGGAAACUUUAGGAAGCUGCGAAUCGUGAUAUGUAUAAUAUAAUUACACCACAAUGGGUGUACUCCAAAUCGCGUUUAGAUUCCUUGAGACUCUCUGAGUGUAUAACAAUUGUAAGUUCACAGCAAGCUCAUUUGGUUGUUCCCUCGCCCAAAAUUUAUCCCAGGGCUUACAUGAAGAUUUUCUAGUUCUAUUCCUGUUAUUAAUCUAGUUUAGAAUUUUUGUUUGUUGUUUUAAUUUAGAGCGUUUGUUAAGUUAUAACUAGUUUCUUAGAUAAUUGCAUAAAUUAUUCAAUAAAAUGUAUCUAUAAUAGUUCAGUAUGCCAUUUGCGAUGGUGUUUGUUUAGGUUGUUAAAAACAAACCUGAUGCGUUACAUUCGGAGUUUUAGCCUUGUUUUGUUAUAUUGUUCUGAUGUUAGUUUGUUGUUUGUGUUUGCCAGUUGAUCAAAAUGUCGUCAAAAUUGAUACGUAGUUUAUAGAUUUAGCUAGAAACAAUUGUAUAGACAGUAGCCAAUUUCAGUGUUUUGUCCUGAACUCUGUCGUGUAAAGAAAAGCUUUCCUAUUGCAAGUUAAUGAUAACGACAUGAAAUGGAUUUGUAUACUUUUGAAAAUUAUUGUUACAAUAUUUUUGCAAGCAAUUAUCAUUGAGUUGUAUUUUUUGUCAAAGAGAUUUAUUCGUCGUGAUUGCAUUUAGACAUUGAAAAAUCAAUAUUGCCUUCCGAACAUAUAACAGUGUUGGAUUUUCAUAAUAUUAUUUGCUUUGUAUAUUUUGCUGAUACUGUAUGUAUAGAGUUCA